GCUGGAAGGCCUGAGACUGGGAGCUUGAGUACUAGUUAAGAUGGCAGCGGCCGCAGCCGGUCGAGCAGCGGGGGCAAAGUUGGGCCUGCGUGAGAUUCGCAUCCACUUAUGCCAGCGCUCGCCCGGCAGCCAGGGCGUCAGGGACUUCAUCGAGAAACGCUAUGUGGAACUGAAGAAGGCGAACCCCGAUCUGCCCAUUCUAAUCCGGGAAUGCUCUGAUGUGCAGCCCAAGCUCUGGGCCCGCUACGCAUUUGGGCAAGAGAAGAAUGUCUCUUUGAACAACUUCAGUGCUGAUCAGGUAACCAGAACCCUGGAGAAUGUGCUAAGUGGCAAAGCUUGAAGUCUCCACAGAAGUGUAUGAGCAAGAGCCCCAGAAUCUGAGCUCUGUUGGACUGAAUACAAUAUGGAAAAAUGUGUUCCCCUGUUCCUUAUAAAGCUUGUGCUGUAAAAUGUU